AUGAUUUUCUUAAUUAAGAAGCGAAUGUGUGAUCUCUCACUGUGUGUGCUUGGAAGAGGUUUCGUUUCUCAUUCGUUCGUUCAUAGAAUAAAAAUAGUCAGAUCUUCUUGUUGUCUUUAGUAAUUGUCGUUGUUUUAUUCGAUUUUUUCUCUCUAAUAACUUUCUUCAGUUUGACGAGUCCUUUUUCUCUCAAACCUUUUAAGGGUCAUAGCUCAGAAGUACGUAAAUACAAAUAGUCUCUCAUCGAAGUUCAGCUAAUCGCGGAAACGGAAUAUAUCGCGACUUGCGGGUCUGCAACAAACGCAGCCAGCAGUCACGUGAUUUCUUCUUCUGGAUUACUGGCAAAAUUCGAAAAAAGUUUAGUGUCUUUAGGGUCCACGUCUAAAGAAAAUCACAUUGGUUUUCUUCUAAAUUCGGAAGUGAGUCAUCAAUUUUAAAUCUAAAUCUCAAGUACGGCCUGCUGUGGUCGACAAAGCCGCCUGCAGAAGCUUCGUAUAAGUGGACGAAUGAACAAAGUUCGACGGUUAGACGUGGUCUUGAUCCUUCCUCAUUCAAAGAAUCCACCAGAGAUGCACAUUGAAUGACAAUGAUGGCUGAGCACGAUCGAAAGGAUUCAUCUCAGAAUAU